UAACAUAUUUAUUAAAAGCUAUGUUUUAGACACUUCAAGUUUCCUUCUAUAACUGUGGGUUUGGACAGACGUAUCUUUAUGUUGGUAUAAGACCAUGAAGACAGAGAAAUGGUUCAAGAAAACACCUCGUCCUGACAGAAACUAAAAGGUGUUGUAUGAAUGAAAUAUGGACUCUCACAGUAUUACCACACAGGAAUCCAUCCCAGUUCUUGCUCACUACUUAGGGGAAGUGAAAGGCCUUCUCCCAGCAUUCAAUGCGGUGCAAUUAUUUGGAUCAGGAGAUAGGAUAAGAGACCCGAGGAGGCCUCCCAAUAAUAAUCAUGAGAGCUACGGGGCCAUCGGUUGUCAUAAUCCAACAUUUAAAGUCCUUGGGAAUUAAACUCCGUAUGCCAAAGAAGACGACCAGUCCCGAUAUCCAGAGGAAAACUACCAAUGGGGAAAUAUUUGGGGUCCCACUGCAGUCCCUUCCACUUGGCAAAGAGGGUGAAAUCCCACAGUUUGUGGUCAGCAUUUGCCAGUUCUUGAGCUGCCAUUUGGACACUGAAGGACUCUUCAGAAAGUCUGGAUCAGUAAAUAGGAUAAAAACCUUAAAGGCUCAGCUGGAGUCUGGGGAGAGCGGUCUGACUUCUGCUCAGCCCAGUGAUGUGGCCACAUUGCUCAAGCAAUUCUUCCGAGAACUUCCUCAUCCUCUUCUAACACCAGAACUACAGGAUCCUCUGUGUCAGAUACAGCAGUCGCUCUCUGAGGAGGAGAAGAUUUCUGCCACCACAUUGGUGACCUGCCUGCUUCCUGCUAUUCAUGGGGAGACUCUCAGAUAUUUCUGCACCUUCCUUCACAAAGUAGCCACCAGAUCUACCGAGAACAAAAUGGAUUCUGGGAAUCUGGCUGUAGUUUUAGCUCCAAGUUUGUUCUCUAACAGUAAUGUGACUGAGAAGCUGACGCUCGCCACGGAAAAACAGCUGCAACUUCAGGCAUCGGCCAUCCAGAGUCUCAUUGACAACGCACAGGAUAUAGGACAACUUCCCUCAUUUAUCAAGGAAAAGAUUUCUCAAGAUGUGGUUGAAGAGGACUCUGUGACUAACAGCUCUGAGGGUUUUCGUAGGAGACGCAGACGUAGCAUGAGUGGAAUUGUCAAUGAUGCUUUGAGUAAGCUGAAGUCUGGCCUUGGUCCUUCCACUGAUCGAGGAGAUGAACUGGAGCUUCCACCGAGAAACAAGACAAAGCGUAAAGCUUCAGAGGAUUCUGGAUGUGGAGAACAGUUGACAGCAAAAAAACGUAAAUCUCUUAGGGAGGUUGUAGACGACUUAUCCAGCGAAGAAUCAAGUGAUCCAAUAAGAGCACCCUCUCCAUUGCAAGGUGAUGACUCCGGAGGUGUUGAGGUGUUUUCUGACUUCUCUUUGAGCCCUGGAAACUUUUUAGAGCUUGGUUUUGAAUCCCCUGCUAUUCCACCAAUUCCGGAUUCUUCUUCCCGAGGACAAAAAUCAAGACCUAAACGGCGAAAUAGCAAACGAGGCAAAAGGAUGCCAUCUGGUCAGAUCUCUAAUUCUCCUGCCCUUUUGGACCGAAAAGAAAAGGUCCGUAACUCUUUAAGACUCUUCCAGCGAACUCGAGCAGCCAAGCAGCCGACGCCUGAGGGCAAGAGCAUGGAGCCUAGUGGAUGGCAUAUAAUGAAGAGGAUGGUUAGUGAAGCCUUGGAAGGUCCUAUUUUCAAUGGAAAAGAUUUUCGAAUGAACACUUUUUCUCUAAAAGGAUCAAACUCUGGUAAUUCUACAGAUGACAAAACUUCUAUCAAACAUCCAUCAUCUCCUCCUUCGUUGAGGUCCUCUCCUUCUUGGAAGUCUCUAGAAGUGAACAGUGAAGACCUGGAUGAAAUACAAUCAGGAAAGAGUCGCAGAGCAUUACGUCGCUCACUUAGCAUGCCAGAAAAAAUGGGCGAAUGUGACAAGUCUGAAAAGGAUCAUGGGGAGUUGAACAGGAAUAGUUUAACCCCAAGUAAAGAAAGUAAAUCUAAGGACAAUGAACUUAACUACGUGGAUGAAAAAAAGUCUCUGUUCAGUAAUGAUCAUCUCCCUUUGGUGGACUGUUUUGCUUCAAGGAAAUCUAACACAAUACAAAAUCAGGUCUCUGUGACUGAACUUGGCUGUUUGCAGCCUUCAGAAACUUUGAAAAUACCCAAUGGUUUCACAUCUCAGUAUCGGAGUGUACGGAAAUUAGUCCUUAGCUUUCCUUGGGCUUCUAGUGCUACAGAAAUAGAUCCUCAGUUAAAAGAUUGGGAACAACUGACCGCUCAUCCCAUCAAACGCAAAGGUGCAAGAAGGUUUGGCCGUUCACUGAGUCAGGAAAGUGGCUUAAGGUCAAAUGAAGAACAACGCUUACUUAUGAAAACAGAUGAACGUUUCGUAGACAAUACCAACACCUUAAAAACUCUCAAAUGCCGAAACAGGCAAAUGUUUAUAAGUCGUAAGAACAUAACGGUGAGCAACUGGGUGUCCCGUAGUCUAGAUAGCGGAUGCCCAACAUCUGUUGAUACCUUGCCAUUAGAUAUGGAAAGCCCAGUUUUGGACAAUCUCUUAAAACUAGACAAAGACACCUUAACUUUUGAGGAUGUGGUUGAGAAGAUGGGAUAUGGAUACAGAGGUUCUCCUAAAUGCCCUCUUCCGGGCACCAGACUUGAAACCAUCAGUGACAUUGUGGAUUUAUAAGUAGCAAGCUCAGAUGAAUAAGUGCAGCUUGGACACAUCUAGCAUAGCUUAUCCUUGGAAAUGGCAAAUAUGUCAUGUCUAUGCCAGCUUAAUCUUUUUAGUAUAUAUCCCGUAUUAUCUGGGUGAGUUUGAGAAAGCAGUUGUAGCCUGCUCCUUAGCACCUAGCUCUUAAAACAAGUGCCGCCAUUCAUAGUCUGUUAUUUAGGUUAUACUAAAUAUCAGACAAUGAUGUAAAUUGCCUUUUACAUUUUUUUUCCAAUCUCUUAUUACAUUAUUUAUUACACACAUCCGUAGUGAACAUGUUAUACUAUGUAUUUUUAUUACGAACCUGCAAUCCAUAACUUAAUUAAUUAAUGCCACCCACAUAUUGUCUUGAUGUGCAUGGCUCAUAAAUACUUAGAUCGUGUUAUACCUAGUGGAACCUAGAGGGGGGUGGUACGAGACACAGAGGGUUCUCUCUUCAAAUCUGUGUUUUAGUGAUUUUAAACUUCAAUUGAACCUGAUCCCACCUAAAAUCCUGACAAUGUAACAAUCUGACAAUGGAUAUGAAGUCUUAUCACUUGCAUAGAAACUGAUACUUUUGGAUUUCUUUAACAUCUUUGUGUUAUGUUGAUGUCCUUUCUAUAG